AUGAACAAACGCAAGCGAUCACCCGACGAAAUACCAGCCGGCCCGACUACUCACAAUUCAAACGCUAGCCCUGCCGCAGCUGAACUCAAUGAGAGUCUUCCGGCUAUUAGCCGUAAGAUUACGGCUUGUGCGGCAUGUAGAAAGCAGAAGAUUAGGUGCGAUAUGCCAGAUGGUGUACCGCCGUGUACGCGGUGUCGUCAUCGCGAGCUUUCGUGCGUGUUGAAUAAGAGCCUUCAGUCGUUGGUUGAGGAGGCCAAGAACACGGAUAUCUUGCAAGCGGACGUGCGCGAAAUUCAUACUACGCUAAGUGCUAUCUGUGAACAUCUCGGUCUGGAUAGACCGAACCCUCUACACAGUCAGAGUCACAGUUACAACAGCAAUGAAAUCUCAGCCCCAGAAGCAGAAACCAACGGCAGCCAAGCACUACCAAGCACAGCUAACAACGACCAAGAACAGACCCUCCCAGGCUGCGAGGUCUCACCACCCGGCACACCAUCUGCCGUGCAAGCACCAAUAGAUACCUAUCUCGACAUCGCGAAACUAGGAAGUAACAGUCACAGUCGAAGUCCUGGUUCCGGGUCUGUAGAGACACCGUCAAACCAGGUAUCCAGACCACGCCGUUAUGCAUCGCAAGACCUCGUCAGCAAAGGCAUAAUCAGCAUGACGGAUGCAGAAAUUCUCGUCGAUAGAUACUUUACUCGAGUUGACUCGUACCUCUACGGGAUAGGUAGUCGAUUGCAUAACCUCCAGCGACUGCGAACUGGUCAUCCGGUUCUGUUCGCUGCGAUAUGUACCGUAUCUGCACUACAUGACCCAGGCGAUCAAUCGCUAUACGAAGUAUGUAACCGCGAAUUCCGACGUUUAGUCUCGCAAAGUCUCUUCGAGAAACACGACCUAGAGUACAUCCGCGCCCUAUGCAUAAGCAGUUUCUGGCUAGCAGAUGCAUCACGAAUCCUUCUCAGUGACGCAAUCCGCAGAUCCGCGGACGUCCAUCUGCACCGCAGCUUUGGCCGACUUUGGAGCUGUUCCGGCGAUGCACGAUCAAACACCAACGUCGCAGAAAUGCGUGACCGCGUCAGACUCUGGUACCUCCUUUUCAUCUGCGACCAACACCUCUCCAUCCUGCAUAACCGAGACCCCUUACUCCGCAGCGACACCGAAAUCGCAAUAAGCUGGGAGGCGUACCUCCGGCGCUCCGACGUAACAGACUCUGACGUACGCAUCGUCUCGCAGGUAGCUCUGCUGCUAAUAAUGAGCCAAGUCCGCGACGUGCUGGGCUGUGAUUCAGAUACAGAAACACGAAUCCCGCAAACUAUGGCGAAUCAAAUCGUGCACUACUCCCGGCAGCUAGAUAAAUGGUUCACACGGUUUUCGUCAAUGUUCAAACCAGAUCCAUUUUUGGGUGAUUUUCCGCGAAGAGGUUUGCAGUUGCAUUACCAAUUCGGGAAAUUAUAUCUAGGACACCAGGUCUUUAAGGGGUUGCAGGGCGAAGCCAUUCCGGGCCCGUUUAUGGCGGCUGCAUCGAUGGCGCAUGACGCUGCGAUAUCGAUCUUCGAAAUGAUCCUGUAUGAAGAAACGCUGCAGGCGAAUCUCGUGGGAAUGCCGCAUUACUUCCAUAUCAUGCUUGCGUUCGCAGGACAUUUUCUGCUAGAAGUUACGAAGGGUUAUGCGGAGCAGUUGGGGAUUGUGCCUGCGGAUAAUUUCAUCUUGAUUCGCAAAGUGUUGACGAUGUUUCGGGGGACGCGGUGUGUGGCUAUGCAUCCGAUUUGUAGAAUGACGCCGGGGUUAGAUCGGAAGUUGGGGGACUGUGCGGCAGGGGUUUUGGCUGAGUUUGAGGAGUCGCAGGAGCCGGCCGUCGCAGUUGGCUUGACGGGGGGUAUUGUUGAUGGUACUGGUCCUACGAUGGAGGGGUUUUCUUGGCCUGGGAAUGGGUUGUUCGGGACGGGAACGGGAGCUGGGGCUAUGGGCGAGGUGUUUCUGCCAGAGUGGGAUUUUGGGGAGUUCUCGUUUCCAGGGAUGUUGUCGAGUGUUAUGCCGUAG